GCUCCUGCACCGAAACAGCACCACACCACCAUCAAAGCACAGGUACAGAGGAAGCAGAGGAGAGAGACGCGUACGAGCUGCCAACAUGGCGAGGUCUCCGAUGCACCUGUGCUUGGCCGUCCUGGCCCUCGCCGCCGUCGCGUCGGGGGACAGGUUCUCCGACCAGUUCGACCUUGUCGGUUCCGGCGGGGACGUGCAAGUGAAAGACGACGGCAAAACCCAGGAUGUCCAGCUCAUUAUGAACCGCGGCUCCGGCGGCGCCGGCUUCAACUCCAAGAACAAGUUCCUGUACGGCGAGUUCAGCAUCCAGAUGAAGCUCAUCGGCGGCAACUCCGCCGGCACCGUCACCUCCCUAUACCUGACGUCCGGGGAAGGGGAUGGCCAUGACGAGAUCGACAUCGAGUUCAUGGGGAACUCGAGCGGGCAGCCCUACGUGAUGAACACCAACGUCUGGGCCAGCGGCGAUGGCAAGAAGGAGCACCAAUUCUACCUCUGGUUCGACCCCUCCGCCGACUUCCACACCUACAAGAUCGUCUGGAACCCCAAGAACAUCAUAUUCCAGGUCGACGAUGUGCCGGUGAGGACGUUCAAGAAGUACAACGACCUAGCGUACCCGAGCAGCAAGCCCAUGGCCGUGCACUGCACGCUGUGGGACGGCAGCUACUGGGCGACCGAGAAAGGCGCCGUCAAGAUCGAUUGGAACCAGGCUCCCUUCGUCGUCAACUACCGCGGCUACUCCUCCCACGGCUGCGUCAACAACGGCGGCUCGUCGGCGUGCCCCGCCGGCAGCAACGCCUGGAUGAACAGGGAGCUAGACACCAAGGAGCUCGGCACCGUCAAAUGGGCCCAGCAGAAGUACAUGACCUACAACUACUGUGACGACGGCUGGCGCUUCCCGCAGGGCUUCCCCGCCGAGUGCUCCCGCAACCCAUACUGAUCGAUCGUCAAGUCCGAUUGAUUUCUUUCUUUUUCGCAAUUGCUGUUCUUGCCGUUACCUGUCCCAUUUCUCCAUGUACAUUUUCCAUGGAUUUUUUCUUGAUUUGGUUCAUACAGUCCUGCUGAGAGAGAAUUAAAGUGAAGUCCUGUGGACCUCUGUUUGAGAAAGUCAGAGUGCACAUGUGAUUAUGUAUAAACAAACAAUAAGUUAUACUGUUAUACCACUACUAGUAA